CAUCCCGGCUGAAUCCCCAGCAGUCAGGGGACAGACGCAGGAGCAAGAGAAUCAUCAUCAUUCUCAUCAUCAUCCUCCCAAUUCCAUCACAGCGUGGAAGCGAGGAGUAGGAGGAGCCAGCCGAGUGAGAAACUGAUGCUCCUAGCAGGUGCCAACAAGUGAGAGGAAGCUGAGAGCCUGAGAAGAAGGGAAUGGACAAGAGCCUGUGAGAGGAGAAGACACCCAGAGCUCUGAGAGAAAACAAACAUCAGAUCCCUUCAGCCAGAGCGUUUUCCGGUCCUUCUCUCUGCUCUCAUUAUUCCCGCUGCCAUGCUGCGCCCUGUGCUGUUGUGUGCCGCUCUGCUUCUCCUGACUCCCUUUGAGAUGACAGAAGCUCGAGCUCUGCAUCCUGCUCCUGAUGCUGCGCAGUUUCUGGAGCAGUUUCUGGAGCGCUAUGAUGACCUCCUGACUCUGGAUGACCUGGAGAACCUGUUGAACAGCCAGCCGGAGGAAAGGUCCGCUGCCUCCUCCUCCUCCUCUGGUGUCAAAGCAGCUGAGUACCCCAAAUGGGCCGACGUCCAGAUGCAACCGGAGACCCCCUGGCUCCGGCUGCUGAAGGGGGCCCUGACCAGUCAGAGGCAAGCAGAACCAGAAAGGUCACGAAGGGGAUGGAACAGAGGUUGCUUUGGCUUGAAACUGGACCGGAUUGGGUCCAUGAGUGGACUUGGCUGUUAGUGGAGAGAAGAAAAAAAGAUGAGACUUGGAGCAUCCUUCUUAGAGAAACUCACACAUGCAUUCACCUGCAGAAAUAGGAUGUUUAAAUGUAGUUUCUAUGUAGUUUGGUGUAAUGUGAUUUAAACGAGCAUAGAUCAGAUGCCUCAUACUUCAUUCCAGACUAUUAGAACAUGUUAGCUUUGUUCCCAUAAAAUCUUCACAGUGCGUGGAGCAAACUUAGACAGGUUUGACAUUUUUUGUAUGUAACAAAGACGUGGAGAUCCAAAGACAAUGGCACCUGUAAACCCUCUGCAAUUUAUUUUAUAUGUUCACUUAUGAUUUGCAUGAAUAAAUGGAUUUGACAUUUGG